AUGUAUGAAGGAUCCGCUUCUCCUCAGGGUGCUGAGGGUGGCGGCAGUCAGAAUGUAGGGCCCCAAGGGGGCCACCAGGAAGAUUCAUCUGAGGCUGUCCCUGAACAGAGCGUGUGGACACCUGAUGGGGAAACAGAGCCUGCAGAUCCCCCAGCAGGCGCUGGGAAUGCUGCAUCCCCUUCUUCAGGGGCUUCUGGUGCUGCGGGAGUGGCUGGACACCACAAAUCGGAUGCCACACAAACAGAUUACGAUAAGCAAAGAAAUGGAAACUCAGGAGAUAGCAGAGAAACACUGAGUUUCUUUGUUGGGGGCUUGCAGCCGGAAGUAACCCGUGAGGAACUUCUGCAGUAUCUCUCAGGGUUCGUCACGGUAGAUGAGAUUGACAUAAAGUUGGACCCUGCUACAGGAAAGAACAGAGGAUAUGCUUUCAUAUCAGUUCGUCCGCCCUUGGAUACAGAAGCGUUCCUAACUGCAGAACACAUCAUCAGGGAUAAACAGGUCGAUAUCAGGGAGUUGAGCAGCAAGCCAGCUCCAGAGCGGCAGCCAGAGCGCCCGCCUGAGCGGCGUCUGAGCUGCAGCAGCGCUAAUAGGCACAAGAUAUUUAUAGGCGGCAUAACCUCCUCCAUCACGGAAGAGAUUCUGCAGCAGCAUUUCGAGCAGUUCGGAUCAAUUGAAAAGGCGACAAUAAUUCGAGAUGGCUCAGGGAAGAGCCGAGGAUUCGGCUUCGUACAGUUUACCUCCGUGGACUCCGUUGCAGUUGCGGUUGGAGCUUCCCCCCAUCAACUGGACGCCGACAACAGAGUAGACGCCCAGCCUGCUCAAGACAGAGGCGCCCGCCGUUUGCCAGGCGGCCGCUACCCAACUUCCCCCUACUAUGAGCAGGGGUACUACGGCUAUGGGAGCUACGGAGCUGCAGCUGGGCCCUAUGGCUACCAUGCCGCCGCUGCCUAUUCCCCAAUGUACACUCCAAACCCGUAUGGUACCUAUGCGGGCUAUGGCGGUUACUAUGGAGGAGGCUAUGGAGACGCUUAUGGAUGUGCCGAAGGCGGUUACAACGCCAUUAGAAGAGGGGAUGAAGGGCAAUCCGGAGGAUCUUCCCGCUCAGCGAGGGGCGCCCCCUAUUGA